CGCAGCGUCUCACCACCUACCCGCACCGCCGCGGCGCUCCCACCCCAAUGGCCGCGGACUGGGCUUGGGCGCGCCGGGCGUGGGAGAAGUGGGCGGGGAAGCACGUCGGCGUUUCCGGGAAGCCGGUCAAGGCGGCGCUGCUGCUCAACUACGACCCGACCGGGCCGUCUCGCCUCCUCCCCGUCGUAGCAGAGCAAGAAGGAACUGAACUGAAAGCUGUUGAUCUGCAACCAUUUCUGGACUUUGUUCGACGGAACAAUCUGCAGAUGGAAUUCUUCUCUAUUGGCUCAAACCAGUAUUUGGUCACCUCGAUCAAUGAACACUGGUUCUGUGCUCGCUGUGUCAAUGGAAUACAGCCAGAAGGUGAAGGAGUUAUAGUCAUGGAGAUUGGAGCUUAUUUGUUAGUUUGUAUGUAUGAUGGUUCUCUUUGUUCUGCUUCACAAGCCAUGGUGGCCGUUGAUCAGUUUGCAUGGCACUUUAAUCGAAGAGCUCACUAACUGCUGAUUUUUGUUAGUUUCAGGUGUGAGAUCUGAGGUGAUAGACAUUGUUGAUUGAGAUAAUUCUUCUAAACUUUAGUGUAACUGCCUAAUAUUACUGCUCUCUUAGGUUUGUUAAUCCUCUUAAUGCAAUAGCUAUUAGCUAUUUUCUGUAAGACGGAUAUGUUUUGAGUCAGUUUAACUAACCUAUUCGGGCAUAUCUAGUCAGCAGUCCUAAGUCCGCAUAAGGUUUUGUAUGUUUUGCGGGAUGCUUCUGAAUUUCAGAAUAUUAUACUAAAUGUAGUGAGGGAGAUAGUCAAUGGUCUAAUUGUUUAAUGUUAAAGCGACCGUAUUUGUAAGAACGUAAGGAAGAAAAGAUGUCAGAUUUUCAAGUGAAGACAUUUAAUUCAAUCUUUGUGUAUCCAAACAAGCACCAAGUGUCUGUAAGGUAGUACAAGAUCAGGUGGGAAGUCCUCCAGUUGCUUGGUUAUAUAUUCUGGUAGUUUCUGUAUGAACUUCAUACUCCAUUAUAUUCAAUUGUGGAUUUGAUAUGAUUUAUCCUCCCACAUUGUUUUUGUUGUUACUGUCAACUUUUAAUAC